AUGUUUGGUUCAAUAACAAACAUCACGAAAGAAGAGAGUAAAAGUAUAUCGACAUACAGAUGCCAAAACACACAUUAUGAUACCAAAUCCCUCCCACAGAAUUCCACUCACAUUAUCUGCUUGGAUACUUUAAAAGAUCAGCCGCAAGUACAAGAGGAUUAUUGGAACCUUAACAUAGCAUCUAAACAAUUUGUUGGAAAAGAUGCAAACGGUCUGAAAUGGUUCUGGUAUCUGAAUCCCUCCCGCAAACUGUACUCAGAAAUAGAUUACUUUGAUCAGAUGACAUUCAGCACCGGAUGA